AUGGCGGGUAGUACAUUAAUUUUAGGUAAAAAUGAAUUUAAAUUACUUGAUCAAAUUGGUUCUGGUACAUAUGCUAAAGUUUAUAAAGCUAUUGACUAUCAACAUCAACGUGAAGUUGCUAUUAAAUGUAUGUUACUUGAUAGUGAACGUUAUGGUCUUCUUUGUGUUGUUAUACGUGAAAUAAAUCUUUUACUUGAAUUAAAACAUCCAAAUAUUGUUCAUUUAUAUGAUAUUAUAAGACGUGAAAAUGAAAUCUAUUUAAUAUUUGAAUAUAUGAAUACAGAUCUAUAUCAAUAUAUGUUACAUAAUCAUCGACCAUUACCAGAUAUUCAAGUUAAAGUUUAUUUUUAUCAAUUAUUAAAUGGUUUAGAUUAUUGUCAUAUGAAUAAAAUUUUUCAUCGAGAUCUCAAGCCUCAAAAUUUAUUAUUAGACACAAAAGGUACAUUAAAAAUAGCAGAUUUUGGUCUUGCUCGUGAUGCAACCAUACUUAAACGUGCUUAUUCAAGAGAUAUUGUUACAUUAUGGUAUCGACCGCCGGAAGUAUUACUUGGUAUCGAUAUCUAUUCAAGUGCUGUUGAUAUAUGGAGUGCUGGUUGUAUAUUUGCUGAAAUGUUACGAAAUUCACCUUUAUUUAAAGGUGAUUGUGAAAUAUCACAAUUAUUUUGUAUUUUUCAAGUUUUAGGUACACCAAAUGAAAAACUAUGGCCUGGUGUUUCAUUAUUAUCUAAUUAUAAGUCUGAUUUUCCACAAUGGCAACCAACAUUAUCACUUAAUAAAUAUGUUCAUUUAACAAAUGAUAAAGCUGAAGAUAUAUUAAUACGUUGUUUAUGUUAUCUAUCUGAACAACGUAUAACCGCUAAACAAGCUUUACAACAUUCUUAUUUCAUACAAGAAGAUGAACAUAUUUCAUUAUCAUAG